CCUCACAGGGAGUGAGACGCCCGACGCCCGCCCCCCCGCCCCACCCUCAGGGUCCCCUGAGGGACCGGGACGCAGCGUCGCGGCGGCCCCGGCGCCGCAAAGCGUCCUGGGAGCGCCGGCUCGCGCCGGAAGAACGCGAGGGCGCGCGGCGGCGGCGAGGUUAUAAAAGGGAAGAGGCCGGCGGCGGGCGGAAGUGGGCGGUUCGGCUGCUCCGGGCGCUGUUGUUUGGUUUUUGGGCCUCUGGAGGGGCGUUAUCUGGAGGGCCGCUGGUGCAGGCCGCAGUGACAGGGCUGCUCUCCCCGCGCUCCGUGCCUGUCUCCCGGUGCAGCUGUGCUCGCGGCCUCUGCGGCCUGCAGGCCCAACAUGGCGCAGGAGGUGUCGGAGUACCUGAGCCAGAACCCGCGGGUGGCCGCCUGGGUGGAGGCGCUGCGCUGCGACGGCGAGACUGACAAACACUGGCGCCACCGCCGGGAUUUUUUGCUCCGCAACGCCGGGGACCUGGCCCCCGCUGGCGGCGCUGCCUCCGCUAGCACGGAUGAAGCUGCCGACGCCGAGAGCGGGACCCGAAACCGGCAGCUGCAGCAGCUCAUCUCCUUUUCCAUGGCCUGGGCGAACCACGUCUUCCUCGGGUGCCGAUACCCUCAAAAAGUUAUGGAUAAAAUACUUAGUAUGGCUGAAGGCAUCAAAGUGACAGAUGCUCCAACCUAUACAACAAGAGACGAACUGGUUGCCAAGAAGGGGUAGAAGAGCCAUCCAAAAAACGAGUUAUAGAAGGGAAAAACAGUUCUGCAGUUGAGCAAGAUCAUGCAAAAACUUCUGCCAAGACAGAACGUGCAUCAGCUCAGCAGGAAAACAGUUCAGCGGGUACAGGGGCGGCCACUAAAUCGGAGAGUGGGAACUCAGCUCGGAGCGCUGGCAUCUCCAGUCAGAAUAGCUCUACAAGUGAUGGAGAUCGAUCUGUCUCCAGCCAAAGCGGCAGCAGCGUUUCCUCUCAGGUAACACCGGCAGGAUCUGGGAAAGCUUCUGAAGCAGAAGCUCCAGAUAAACACGGUUCUGCAUCAUUUGUUUCCUUGCUGAAAUCCAGUGUGAAUAGUCACAUGACCCAAUCCACUGAUUGUAGACAACAAGGUGGAUCACCUAAAAAGAGUGCUUUGGAAGGCUCUUCAGCCUCAGCUUCUCAAAGCAGCUCAGAGAUCGAGGUGCCCUUGUUGGGCUCCUCAGGAAGCUCAGAAGUAGAAUUGCCACUGUUGUCUUCCAAACCUAGUUCAGAGACAGCUUCAAGUGGGUUAACUUCCAAAACUAGUUCAGAGGCAAGUGUUUCAUCAUCAGUUGCUAAAAACAGUUCCUCAUCGGGCACAUCCUUACUGACUCCCAAGAGCAGCUCUUCAACAAAUACAUCGCUGCUAACUUCCAAAAGCACUUCCCAGGUAGCUGCGUCACUUCUAGCUUCCAAGAGCAGCUCCCAGACCAGUGGAUCACUGGUUUCCAAAAGCACUUCCUUAGCAAGUGUGUCCCAGUUGGCUUCUAAGAGUAGUUCUCAGACUAGCACCUCACAGUUGCCUUCUAAAAGUACUUCACAGUCAAGUGAGAGUGCUGUCAGAUUCUCUUGCAAGUUAACCAAUGAAGAUGUGAAACAGAAGCAACCUUUUUUCAAUAGACUGUAUAAAACGGUGGCAUGGAAGUUGGUAGCUGUUGGUGGCUUUAGUCCCAAUGUGAAUCAUGGAGAGCUUCUAAAUGCAGCUAUUGAGGCUCUGAAAGCAACACUGGAUGUAUUUUUUGUCCCACUAAAAGAAUUAGCAGAUCUGCCUCAAAAUAAGAGCUCUCAAGAAAGUAUUGUUUGUGAAUUGAGGUGCAAGUCUGUGUAUUUGGGCACUGGCUGUGGAAAAAGCAAAGAAAAUGCAAAAGCAGUUGCAUCAAGAGAAGCAUUGAAGUUAUUUCUCAAGAAAAAGGUGGUGGUAAAAAUAUGUAAAAGGAAAUACAGAGGCAGUGAAAUAGAAGAUCUAGUACUCCUUGAUGAAGAAUCGAGGCCUGUAAACUUACCUCCAGCAUUAAAACAUCCUCAAGAAUUACUAUAAUGUGUCCAAAAUAUCACUGCAUACAAUAUCUGGUAUUUGAAGAGAAAAACUGACUUUUGUACAGCAUAAAACACAGGCUUUCACAAAUUUUGUAUUGCUUUUUUUCCAGUUUUGCAGAAAAUUUACAUUCUAGUUCUCUUCACACAAUAGAAGUUGUAAAUAAUUUAUGAAUGACAGUACACAUUAAAAGGUAUGCAUUAACAGCAUAUUAGUAUGCUGUUUUAUUUGCUGAAGAAAAUACUGUCUUCUAUUUUUAAUGAUACGUUAGGUACGACGUGUAGUUCGGUAGAGUUCUAAAAUUUUUGUACUACUUUCAAUUUGGUGAAAACGUAUUAAGUUGUCUACCAUAUUUUCUUUUCUAGCUGAGUAAACCACAUCAAAGAAAAGGGACCACAGUAUUUGAAUGUUUGAAAGUCUGUAAAGCUUAAGGUUUUAAAAAUGUUGCCCGUAAUGUUGAACAUGUCUGUUAAAAAAUAAAAGAAAAAAUAGUUGCUUCAAACUAUUUUUAUGAGAAGUUGUAAGCAUUUUUUAGAUAUAAAGCAGUAUAAAGUACUUAUUGUUAUUUUAUUCUGAAGUUGUUUAAAAUUCACCAUGACUUUGACCGCUGCAGAUUCUUUAAGCGGGUUAAUUUAUGUUUUGAGGUGGAAUACAAUUUACACUUUUUCUUAAAGACAUGAAUGUGGGUUUCUAUAUUAAGCAUAUUUUGUGACUACUAUUAACAGAUUGAUUUGUUUAGAUAUUAAAUGCUUUAAGCUAUUUUACCUUUUCAAGAAGUUGUGUUUUUUUUCUCCAAGUCAGAACCAAUUCCUGCAAAUAGGCUUCCCACGACUUGUCAUUAUAAAUUAGACAACCAGGUAAUUGUGUGAUAUACAUCUUUAUUUUAUUUUUUUACAGCAACCCCCUGAGCCAGAAUAGCUGCAAAGCAAUCCCUUGAAUUUUCAAAUCUAGAACUGGAUGGUUUUUGUGUUUACGAAUCUUUUAGAAUCCUGGAAAGAACAGAGAGCCAUGUUCAGCUCUUGAUAAUGAGCCUAUUCAAUUUAACUACAUUCGUUAGUAAUGAAGUGGAAUUUUGUUUUUGUCUUAGGUGAUUCUACCUGUUUGUCAUUGUAUAUUCUGUUUACUUUGCUUCAGACUGGCCCCAAGAUGUUACUUUCGUGGUUUCUGGCUUUCUAGAUUCUAUUUUUAGAUACUGCACAUUGAGCAAUAAUGGUGAUAAUGAAAAGAGAAAAGAAAGACCUUUCAUGGGCCAAUCGUGUUGGAAUAGGAAAAUUGAACGUAAGCUUAAUUUAAGUAUGUAGCAGUUACUCCUAUUUUGUAUUCUAGUAAUAAAAACGAUACUUUUUUUAUGCUUGAAUUACAUAAUCAGAUGUUUUUAUUUUACCAUAUAACCUUUAAAAAUGAUUCAUUUUUGAGGGUAUUUAAUUGGAUACCAGAGCUAAAAUCUAUAUACUGUAAGUGGGUUGCUUUUAUAGAUUGCAGGACACAAUAACAUGAAUGUAUUGUGAAAGCACUUUUAGUUACCUCACUUUCCUCAGUCUUGGAAUGUGUAUUUUGUGGGAUAAUGAUUAUCAGAAAAGCAAAAAUUACAAAGAACAAAUAAAUUUAAUAUAUC